GCAAUUGUAUUUAGAUGGGUGGAAUACAAAAACUAUUGAUGCAGGAACCUGAACCUAUGGUGAUCCAUAUGCAAUUUAAGGUGAUUUCAUUAAUGAGUAAUCAAGUUCUGUUUUUAAUUUUUUCUUCUUUUGAUAUGUGAAUGUCGAUUGUCGAAGAACUGAAGGUUGCUAGGUUGGUGAAAAUCUGAAAGUAAACGAGUUGGAAAUGCUGUGCACAGAAAUGGAGUGUUCUGCAAAAUGAAACGAAGAAGUGAGAGUUACACUUUGGGGAGACUGCGCCAGGACCUUUGAUAUUGAAGUUGUAACACAACAACUAUCACCAAUUGUGGCUGUGUUCACAAGUCUCAAAGUAAAACGGUUCCUAGGAAACACAGUGCUUAGCAGUACCAGAUGCACUUUGUUUUUCAUAAACCCAAAAAUACCAAAAGCAACAAAUUACAAAUCGAUUUCCAGUCAUGCUUUGAAAAUGAUUCCAACCUCAGCAUAACUAAUGACACCAGAUCAAUUGGAUGCCGCUGAAAAACUAUCAGUAGGGCAAUUGAAUAUCUUGGAUCCAAAUCUUUAUCAGAACACUCCAUUUCUGUGCAGAGCAGCAGUUGCACGGUUUGAUUUGAGUAACGGCUGGUGGUACAAGGCAUGUCCAAUCUGCUUCAAACAACUAAAACCAAAGCCUCAAAGUGACCUGCUGGUUUGUCCAACUAAUGAUAUUCAAAACCCUAUUGCUUGGUUCAAAGUUAGUUUAAUUCUUGAAGAUGCCAAUGACGAAACCAAUGCCAUCAUUAUAGGUAAAUCAGCCGAAGAACUAUUUGGAAUCACAUGUGAACAAUUAGUAAUCAACAAAAGUUUCUGUGACCAAAAGGAAUUACCACAACAAAUACUCCGAGUAAAAGGUCAAAUCAAACUUUUCCAACUCAGACUUGGGAAAGUUAAAAGUGACACAAGCAGAAAUGACUUGCUCAUCCAAACUGUUUUCAAGGAUCAAGCACAAAUUCACCCUUCAAACAACAACAAAGAUGAUGAAGCAAUAAGUAACCUUGGGAAGAAACAUAUGGUUCAUGAAAUGUUACCAUGCACACCACCACUCUCACUCAAGAAAUCUCUACCUUCAUCUCCAACUGAGAGCAGUUCAAGUUCAAAGAAACGACAAAGGGAGCCAGUCAAAAAGAGUCUUUUCACCUCUACACCAACAAAAAAAUCUAAAAGUGAUACCACAAGUGGAUACAGUGAAGAGACCUAUGCAUUUGAAGAGACCGAUGACGAGAAUGUAGCAAACACAGAUAAAACUCCCAGUGAAUAGAUUCAUCGUUGUCAUGCAAGAUGGAGGAGGCACCAUUAACGUGAGGAGUUACGUAUAUGGGUGUCUUUAGUGAAACAAAUCUUACUUUUUGAGCUGUGUAUAGUUUUAGACGUAAAAGUCUCCCUGGGAUAGGACCAUAGCUUUUGAAAAACAAUCUUUGAGGAUGAUAUACUAACAUCCUCAACUUUUACAAAUGUAAUAUAUGUAUAUCCCUUACUUUGGCACAUAUUUUCUCAUGUAUAUAAGCCCUACUUUGUACACGUUUAAGAUCAUUUUGAAACCCGCAGCAUCGCGCGGGCCUCAA